AUGAAUUCAAGAGCAAAAUGUAAAAUAAAUUCAGAUGGCAGCGUUUGCUUGUUAAACAUAGUAAAUUCGUUCAACUCAUCGAUCAAAGAAGAACAUGCAUGGGCAUUAUGCUAUCAAAUUGCGAGGUACUUCGACGAAUGCCUGGAAAAAAACAAACAAAAAUCGUACAUCAUUAGCGAAAUGCAACAUGUUUACUUGAAAACAGAUGGCACGGUGCACGACAACACUGGCGUAACAGACGACGACAGGGCCCCACAGAACGAACUUCACAUCAUCAGAGGUAUAGGUGUCGUAAUUUACGCCACGUUAGAUUCGGAAUUCCAAAGCGGAGAAGAGAAAGUCAUCAGUUACGAUUUAGAGCAGCUCAUCAGCGACCUCAUAGCGGACGACGCCAGCAACGCGGACAACGCUCACCACGAAACUGACGAUGAAGGCAUCGAGCGAGACUCGGGGGAGACCGAAGAUCCGGGAGCAUCGAGACCCUCGCAUCCCAUCACCCUCAAAGACGUUAUCAGAAAAUGCGAGACCCACUUGGGGUACUUGAGCAAAGCUCAGGCCGAGGCUCACUACAAAGCCGUGGUUAGAGCUCUGGUGGCGGAGGCCAUAGAAUUGUCUACGUUCUUGGAAAAAGUCGCUCAGGGUAGCAUAAGCUUGCCCUCGAGCAGCAACAGUGAUCAAAUUCAGUUCUCCGAUUGGGCCAAGUUCUGGGUGCAAGUAAUGAACGAGCUUCGAACGGGCGUUAAACUGAAAAAAGUCAACUUCACCAAAGCUCCCAUCGAAUACGAACUCACCCCGUACGAAGUCCUCAUGAAAGAUAUCAGAAAUUGUAGGUACAAUUUGAGGAAAAUCAUGAUAAACGGCGACGUGCCAUCGAGGGUUUCCAAGGACGCUCACGGCAUAAUCUUGGAGUUCAUCCGGUCCAGGCCGCCCUUGAAAAAGGCCAGCGACAGGAAAAUCGCGCCUCACACGAGACAGUUAACACCGCGCGAACAACUCCUCUCCUCCAUUAGGAAAGGAAGGAAGCUAAGACCCGUGCCAACUCCUCGAACUUCCAAAAUGAAAAUGGAUCCCACACGGGUGCCGGACAUCGUGCAGACGCCACCCAAACCGGCGGCCAGGAAACUGAUCAAAGUCGAUUUGUCUCAAUUCGAAGACGAAGACGACGACGAACUGGCCGAUACGCCGGACUCCGCCAGCGAACCCGGCUUGUGGUCCAACGAAUAUCCGGAGUUCUGCGACAACGCUCUGCUGGAGGCGUACGAUCUUGCCACGCAAACUUACACGAGGACCAGCAUUCGACGAAACACGCUCGAAGUGGCAGAUACGAACGUGGGUUGCUAUUCGGUGCCCCAAUCGAGGCCGGGUUCGAGGCAAUCGUGCAACAGCUCGGAGGCCGAAUCGGUGCAAUUGGAGCCCGAAGUGGCCCGGCAAAUUCAGGACGAGCUGACCUGCUCGCAGACCUGGCAAGACACCAUAUCCUUAGACGAUAGACUUUCGCUCACCCUAUCAGAAAUCGUGCAUAUUCGAACUGUACUUACGAAGGCCGAAUUGGACGCUUUACCCGUGGAGGGAAAGGUUCGCCACGACGUCGAGGCGAGGAAAGUGUGCUUCCUUUGCCUGAAGACGAGGUUCGGUAUAUUCGGUCCGUGGGGGCAGAGGUGCACGCUUUGCAAGCGCACAGUUUGUACAAAAUGCAGUUCCAGAAUGAACAUUCCUAUGGAGCACUUUUCCAGCGUUCCGGUCGUUUUGCUUAGUCCUAGUAUACUGUCGACGCCCGACGAAGGCUCCAAAGAAUCCUUAGCUAAAUCCUUAGUGAAUAAACUAUCCGAUACUAGUCCUAAUUCGAAGGAGUCCAGUCCUAAUUGCAGUCGGCCGGGUUCGAGUUUGGAUUCCAAGUCUCCCAGCGAAAGUGGCGCCUUGGGGAGAUUCCGCUCGAGGGCUACGGCUGUUGGGAGGGUCUCACGAGCAGCGGACAGGUACAAAAGUUCGCAGUUGAUGGUUUGCCAGGAUUGCAAGAUGAUGGUAUUGCAAAUAAUUAAAUCGGCCAGAGCGAAUCGAUCGGCAAUUAGGAAUAAAACUAUUCAGAGCCUUACCCUUAAUUUGUCACCAGUAUUCUAA